AUGGGUCGAGAGACUAUAAUUGCAUUAGUUGGGAAACCUUCAAGUGGGAAGUCUACGACUUUAAACUCGUUGACUGAUGCCAAUGCGAAGGUUGGAGCAUUUCCUUUCACUACAAUAGAUCCUAAUAAGGCUACGGGGUAUUUAGAGGUAGAUUGUGCAUGCAGUAGGUUCGGCAAGGAAGAAUUAUGUCUGCCUACAUACGGAUAUUGUAGGGACGGAAAGAGAGGAGUGCCGAUUAUGCUUUUAGAUGUUGCAGGGUUAGUACCGAAUGCUCAUUUAGGCAGGGGAUUGGGUAAUAAGUUUCUUGGUGAUUUGACAGAAGCCGAUUGUUUGAUACAUAUAGUUGAUGUUAGUGGCACAACUGAUGCAGAGGGAAAGGCUACGAGAGGCUAUGAUCCGCUUCAUGAUAUAGAGUGGCUACAGGACGAGAUUUUCAGAUGGAUCUUGGGUAACUUGACAGAAAGAUGGGGAUCUAUCGUCAGAAGACAUACAGCUACGAAAUCCACAACAUUAGAGACGCUUAGACAGCAGCUAGGUGGAUAUUCUGCAAAUAAGCAGUUAAUUGGCAAGGCUUUAGAUUUGCUCCCUGGUUUACCUCCUUUACAGGAUUGGAAUAAUGAAACUAUAGAAAAAGUAGUCUACACUUUUAUGACGGUCAAAUUUCCCACUGUGCUAGCACUCAAUAAGAUGGAUCAUCCUGACUCGGACAAAAAUGUUUCUAAGAUUAUAUUGAAACAUCCUAAUCUGAAAUGCGUCUUGACCUCAUCAAUUACUGAGGUAUUUUUAAGAAAACUAGCAAAUCAAAAUUACAUUAAAUACGAUCUGGGUACUGAAUUUAUUGAUACUAUUGAUGAUUUGGGUCCAGGUUCUGGAUUAAAGCCGCUUGAUGAAAAGAUGAAAAUUCGUAUCGAGAAUGUAAGAGACUUGGUUCUCUAUAGAUUUGGAUCUACGGGAGUGGUCAAACUAUUGCAGGCAGCAGCUGAUCUUUUAGACUUGGUACCUGUUUAUCCAGUCAGGAACAUUCAUAAUUUCACAGGAAGUACAGGAGACAGUGUCUUCAAAGACUGUGUUCUCGUUAAAAGGGGUACACCCGUCAUUACUGUGGCUAGGAGGAUUAUGGGUGACGUGACUAUUGCAGCAAUAGAGGGGCUCAAUGGUAUGAGAAUAGGUGAAGAAGACAUUGUGGAUGUCGGGAAGAAUGAUAUUCUUAGCUUCAAGCUUGUCCCUGGAGGUAAUAAGUAG